AUGCUUCUUGACGUCUCACGGGCGCCCGGCGAGCACACCUCCCUGGACGGCAUCCAAGAGCUGCAGGACGCCGGGGAGGGAAAGAAGAUUGGCACACUCAAGGCGCAAUACAACAACCUCACCACGCUGAACAUUUCCACAACGUUGGCAACGGCGCUCCAGCACGUCACUUCACUGACGGUGUCUUAUAAUUGCCUAAGCACCCUACAGGGACUGGAGGCCUUUCCUCUUGUGGAGUUUCUUGAUUUGAGUCACAAUUCGUUGCGGGUGCUGGAUGCCCAUUCCACUUCCAUACUGCGUCGAUUGAGAUUCCUUUGCCGCUGCGACUUCUCUUAUAACGAAAUCCGUCUCAUUGACUUCGACACGCCUCUGCACGGCGGAAGCAGCAAAGAAAAUGGGGCACUCGGGAGUGGCGAUUGGUUUGAUAACGCCACGCUGAAUGAACUCACGGUGCUGAAUCUGGCACACAAUCAACUUAUUGACGUUCCGGACCUUCGUUGUAUGCCUUUACUUGAGGAAUUGAACCUGGAGUACAAUCGUAUUGAGCAAUUGACGGAUCUUGAGAGCCGCCUCCCUCUUUUGGCGCUUACAUCCCUGUCGAUUGCCCAUAAUGGACUGCGGUCACUGCAGGAUUUUCUUCCACUCACAGUUCUUGCGGAAACAUUGAAGGUCUUGUUUUUUAGGGGAAAUCCCUGCACAAAUAACGCCACCGUCACCAAGGGAUGCGCUGUGCGGCCCUGGCUGCUGUGGAUUCUGCCGCAAUUAGAGGUCAUCGAUGAUGUUCCACUCACCCAAGAGGAGUGUCAGACGGCGGCACAAAUGUUCCGGCAACACGGGGAGCUUAGUUACGAGGCGAUGGAUGUGAUGAACAGCCAUCACGGUCUGCAGCUCGAGGCAUACCUGCAGAAGUUUUCGUCCCCCCCUCAGGCACAGAGUGCGAGGCUUGUUGGAGACAUGAUGCCGGGAAGGAAAAUGGAGCAAUCCACGGCCUCAUUGAUGGGGGCGGGAUCGUCGGUCUCUCCAUCUCUAGGAGGCAUGGCGGCCCGUUUACCGAAUAUGGCGGGCGCACCAAAAAUGGGUGCCGGUGCCAGUGACAGUUUUUUGCGGCCGCAACCCGCCGAGACGGUGCUGCCAAUGAUGCAAAAGAAGCUGAAGCAGCUGUCCGGCGUCGUGGAGGUGCUAUGGAAGGAGAGUAUGUCACGACGUGUGUUUGCCACGGUUGUGAUACAAAAGUACGUGCGGGGAUUUCUUACACUUCUGCAUUUGCCAGCAUCCAUUCAAGGGCGCUGCGCACGCAUUAGAAAUAAUCUUCGCCGCUCGUUUUCUAGAUAUUCAUUGCUCCCGCCAUCCCCACCACCACAACAGCAACAGCAACAGACGACGAGGACGAUGGCCCCAAAUGCGAAUGUGAGCGAGGCUCAACGAUCCCACAACAACGGCCGUGACCCAAACGAGUAUGCGGUUUUGGUAAAACAAUUGAGAGCUUUGGAGUCCCAAGUGCGUCACAUGUCGGGUCUGAUGGGUGAGUUCCGUCAAUUUUUGAAUCAGAGGAGAAACGCAGCUGCUAUCACGAUUCAAAAGCACUACCGCGGCUACGUUGAUAGGAGGCAUUGGAGCCGUCUCAAGAAGCUAUACGACGAGUUUGUUGCUUCAUUGCGGCCGGAAGUUGUCAUGAUACAACGUGUAUGUCGCGGGUACCUUAGCCGCGUGAGGCUGAUGCGGUGUUGCAAGAAAACACGGGAAAUACGGCUGCUGCAGGCGGAGGUCACGCAACUUCGUUGCACCGUUGAGGAAAUGCAGGCGUUUAUUGAGCAGAGCCGGCGGCGGCAGCGGCUGGAGCGGUACGCCGAUCCCGAGAAGGCGAUGGAGGACAUCGUCUCCACGUACACCACCUCACGAGUCUCUCAGUCACACGAGUAG